CUGUAGGCGGCGUGGAUGGUGCGACAGGCGGGGUGGACCGGGCUUGGGGUAGGCCCCAGUGCUCCCUGCAGCCCCCGAGCAGUUUCUCAGGAGGCGUUGGUCUUGCAGAUGCUUCAGGACUGUCCCAAGGCCCGCCGCGAGGUGGAGCUGCACUGGCGGGCCUCCCAGUGCCCGCACAUUGUGCGCAUCGUGGACGUGUAUGAGAACCUGUAUGCGGGGAGGAAGUGCCUGCUGAUUGUCAUGGAGUGUUUGGAUGGUGGAGAGCUCUUUAGCCGAAUCCAGGACCGAGGAGACCAAGCCUUCACAGAAAGAGAGGCGUCAGAAAUCAUGAAGAGCAUCGGUGAGGCCAUCCAGUAUUUACACUCGAUCAACAUCGCCCAUCGGGAUGUCAAGCCUGAGAAUCUCUUGUACACCUCCAAAAGGCCCAACGCCAUUCUGAAGCUGACUGAUUUUGGCUUUGCCAAGGAAACCACCAGCCACAACUCCCUGACCACUCCUUGUUACACGCCAUACUACGUGGCUCCAGAAGUGCUGGGCCCAGAGAAGUAUGACAAGUCUUGUGACAUGUGGUCCUUGGGUGUCAUCAUGUACAUCCUGCUGUGUGGGUACCCCCCGUUUUAUUCCAACCAUGGCCUUGCCAUCUCUCCUGGUAUGAAGAGUCGCAUCCGAAUGGGCCAGUAUGAAUUUCCCAACCCGGAGUGGUCAGAAGUAUCAGAGGAAGUGAAGAUGCUCAUCCGGAACCUGCUAAAGACAGAGCCCACCCAGAGGAUGACCAUCACUGAGUUCAUGAACCACCCCUGGAUCAUGCAAUCAACGAAGGUCCCUCAAACCCCACUGCACACCAGCCGGGUCCUGAAGGAGGACAAGGAGCGAUGGGAGGACGUGAAGGAGGAGAUGACCAGUGCCUUGGCCACGAUGCGGGUUGACUACGAGCAGAUCAAGAUAAAAAAGAUCGAAGAUGCGUCCAACCCUCUGCUUCUGAAGAGGCGGAAGAAGGCUCGGGCCCUGGAGGCCGCGGCCCUUGCUCACUGAGCCGCUGAGCCCGCCCAGCUCUACUGGAGGACAAGCAAUAACUCUCGACCCGAAUAUAUUUUUUUAAACGAAGAGACACAGAACUGUCCACUUCUGCCUCCCCUCCUCCUCGGCUGUGUGGAGCCUGGACCUCGUCAGAGGCUGAGUUCUGGCCGCCCCCGCGAGGGAGCCGCUGGGAGGCCAGGAGGGCAUGGAGAGAAGGAGCAAGAUGCUCUUGGACCUGGGCUCCUUCUGCGAUUUUAUCAGUAAUUUGACUUGGAAUUUUUAUGAAACCUCUUUUAUUGUUCUUCCCCUCACUCUCGCUGCUCCUCUCCCCCAGACCCCUGCCUCUCUGGAUCUUGCAAGGGUUUGGGGUUUGUUCAAGGGUGUUUGUGGAGACCGUGAUGGGGAGCGUCCCUGUGUUGUCCCAUCUGCCCUUUCCGAUUUCCCACUACAGCCCGGUCCCCAAUGGCUGAGGCAUCCUGGGAGCUGCAGGCCACGGAGAGCUGGGGCCAGGCGGCCGCCCCUCCUCUGCUGAGCUCUCGGACACCACCAGUGUGCCCGGCAGAUGGGAGUGAGUGUGGGUGUGUGUGUGUGCGUGUGCCCGUGCGCGUGUGCCUGGGUCAGGGCCUGGGCUUGUGUAUUUGAGGGGCCAGGGGCAGACGGGGCUGCGGAGGGGGGCCCCCCGUGGCUCAGGAACCCUCUCCCUCCUCGGGCCUGCUCUGCCCGCAUCGGGCCUUCCGAAGUGCCUGGGAAGCCUGUCCAGAUCCUGAGCCAGGCCGUCGCGCCCGCCUCUGUGAGCUGGUUCCGGGGGGGUGGAGAGGAGUGACUUAGCCCCCGCCCAGCCAUCCGGAAGACUGGAGCCCCGCCCCGGGACCCGGCUCCCCUCUCAGUGCUGGGCCGGGUCCUCUGUGGCGCUGAUAUACCGAGUCACCUCUCUGCUUCCCCUUCCUGCCAUUAUUAACCCAUCUUCUUUAUUUUCUGACAUUUUAGCCAUUUCUCAGCAGGCCCCCUCUCAGCCCUCGGGGGUGAGCCUGGGCGGUUUAUGAAUGACACAGAGCUACUGCCUUUCCGGGCCUCCCGGGGUCCGGGGGCGUCGGCCAGCGAGCCCUGUGGUCGAAGGCAGCACCGCUUAUGUGGCCCUGCUG